GGGAGGUAACUUUUCCACUAGAAGCCUCGUAUCAGAGGGAGUUAACCAAAGUAGGUAACCAAAAAAAGAAAGAAGGAAAGGAAAGAAAACGAGCACAACAAGGAGACAGAAGGGUUUUAGUUCCGGAAUUACUAGAAAAUGAUCCAACAGUUGAGAACAAGAAGCUUUCUAUCUGUUGGAGGAAGAUAUCUCUUCAAGUUGCAAAGACAUCUUUCGUCAAAUGGGGAAAAUCAGUUGAAACCAACAUCCAAAUCAAAUUUGCUGUUGCUUGUUCCAGUGGUAACGUUUGGUCUUGGUACUUGGCAAGUGUAUCGACUCAAAUGGAAGAAAAACCUCAUCAAAGAACUUGAGCUAAAAACAUCUGCUGAACCAACUGAGCUACCUCUAAAUCUAGAUCUUCAAGAGUCAAUGAUGUACCGCCGUGUGAAAAUGGUUGGUGAAUUUGAUCAUAGCAAUGAGCUUUACCUUGGACCUAGGCCCAUUAACAAGCAGCAACAAGGACUGGCAUCAAACAAAGUCGGUUACCAUGUUAUCACACCCUUUAUGCUUACUGAUUCUGGAGAAAAGAUCCUAGUCAAUAGAGGCUGGGUGCCAAAGAAGAGGCUGUCACCUGAAUCAAGAGCGGAAGGGCAGAUCGAAGGACCUGUUGAGAUGACUGGAAUCGUAAGAAGACCGGAAGAGCGACCUCCUUUUGUUAAUCGGAACGAUAUAGAAAAAAAUCGCUGGCAUUACCUCGAUGUGAACACUAUGGCAUCAGUCGUUGGGACGCUUCCCAUUAUUGUCGAUUCAGACACUGCAAGCGCUGUUCCCGGAGGACCUAUUGGUGGACAAACAAGGGUUACCUUACGAAAUGAGCAUUUGCAAUACAUAAUCACAUGGUACGCUCUAAGUGCAGCUACAAUGUACCUCUUUUACCAGCUGAGAAAAAGGCCGGCAACAAUGUUCAGCAAAGGCCCUCGAUGAUUUAUCUUGAGUGUUAUAGUUCACAAUGCAGCAUGUGUUUUCGUCUAACGAAUUGACAGAAACUGGUAGAAGAUUAUCAAGCGAGAACUGUUUAUUCUUGUAAAUUAUGAAUUUUGGUGAAGAAACUAGAGUUAGAUGUAGAGCAGUAGGAAAUAAAAUUAUUUCUCUUGUUUUCUCAACAGUAACUUGAUUUAUAAUUUUUUGUAGCGAUAAAAGUCCCGACUUUGAGAUACCUGUCAAGCGAUAUAUCGGCUAUUGUAGCUGAUGAAAAUAGGGGAUUGAUCACGUCUGUAAGAUUUUGAUAAGAAUGUGAAGCUCCAAUUUGCCCACUUUUGUCGCACUCUUAGCCUAAUUCUUAUGUAAUUUUAUUCGGUAAUUUCAUGAAAUGAGCUCCUUGGAGUUUAUUAAUUAAGGCAUUUAUAUGGGUAAUAUUUCGAGGGAAGGGGCUCCGACGAGGGAUGUUGACUUCAAUUAAGUUACCGAAAAUCGCCAUAAAUGAGUCUCUUUUUGACAAUAACAUUUUCCAUUUCCAAUUUUUAAUUUUACCUUUAGUAGGUUAUUUAUCACGUACUGAAAAGCGUAUUGUAAAAAAAUUGGCAUGUCGGGUUGGGGACUCAUUCGAGAGUGAGGAUUAUACUCGAGAGAUAGGAUCAAGAAAAAUUUCUCCCAGGGUGAGGGCUUACUCGGUAGAGGAAGGCUUAUACAACGGAGGGGGUGAUUUCGAGGAUUCCAGUAUUAUAUUUAAGCUGUUUUCUUGGCAUGCAGAUUUCAAUUCUUUGUUUGGAUGAAGUCUUCUCAGAAAAUUGUUUCUAAGUAUAAAUAUAGAUAAUUAAGUCUUGCUGGCAAAAUCUCAAUCUCCUUUACGCUAUCAAAGUCGAAUAUGCUUGUAGAACCCUAUCCUUGUAGGUUUCAAGUGUUGGACUCGAAUUAAUUUGUCACCGUUGGGACAAGAAGUCUCCUUAUUUCAAAACAGAUUGAGAAAUUAUAAGAAGCUGUAAUUGGACAUUUCAGCAUAAAGCUACAAUCCCGGAUAAAAAUGAUGCAACAAAAUGCAAUUUUGAUAAUUUUCUACUCAACCAUUUUUAUCCGGGAUUGUAGACUCGAUCAUUAAUUUACACGAUCUGUCUUCGUUGCUAAAAGAAAAAUUUAUUUGUUGCUCCUUUGUUACAAUUUUCAUGCAUUCUUUACCUAUUCCUGUAUUCUUUAUUCUAAAAUGCUUAAUUGGGAGGGAGACCUGUGAUUCUAUGAUAAAUUGAAUACGAGUACUUUCAGAAAGUAAUAAUUUAUUUUAGUAUUUUAAAUAUCCCAACAGAAAACGGUAGAGUUAAAAGAGCAUAGUUUUCAUGAUACAUAUCAUCGAAAAUGACAUUCUAUUGAAGAAAGCACGCCUUGCCCCUCUCACUGCUAUGCAUUGGUGAUUAGAGUGAGGCGGCCUAUCUGACCAUUCUCACUCUACAAAGGUAACCAUUAUCUCAUCAUAAUCAUGUGUGCCUAUUUCACACUGCUGUUGGUUGGCCUCCUAACCUUUUCUCACGCCCUGUAAUCUUGUGCUACUCGCAUUUAUGUGUUUACGAUACUCGUUCUACCUCGGCUGUUUAUUUUACUCUUGGUCUUCUUCCUAUUUUCGUUCCUUCUACUAGUUGAAGAUAACAGAUUACUUUGUUCUUUU